GCGAAGACGGAAGUGACGUGGACUCGUGGGCGGAGCUAGGCGCAGCAAUGUCUGCUGCCUUGUUGCGGCGCGGCUUGGAGCUGCUGGCGGCGUCUGAGCCCCCCCGGGCCGCGCCAGGUCAGGCCGAGCCGAGCCGGGCUCCGACGAAGCGGGCCCGGAAGGCGAAGGCCACCCAGGCCCAGAAGCUUCGGAACUCGGCCAAGGGAAAGGCGCCCAAAUCUGCACUGGCCGAGUAUCAGAAGCGGGAGUGUCGAAACCACCUCCAAGUAAAUUUGAAGUUCAUGACCAGUGCGAGAAGUGCUGUGGCUGAGCCUGUGACUCGGCAGAUUCUGCGCCAGAACCGAGGCCGAAAGGCCUGUGACCGACCUGUGACCAAGACUAAGAAGAAGAAGGCUGAGGGCACUGUGUUCACCGAGGAAGACUUCCAGAAGUUCCAGCAGGAAUACUUCGGCAACUAGGCUCCCUGGAGGACACAGUGGAAGAGGCUCUAGCUACCUCUGCUGGCCCCAGGCCCCGACCCCUGCAGCUCAUAUUCCCAAGGAAGAUGGCCUGGCUUGCGGAAGCCCUGGGGCUGGAGCCGGGUGGACGCUGGAGUGGAGCUGGUGAGCUGGAAGUCCUGGAGAGGAUUUACUCAGACUGGAGCUGGCUACUGCCGGCUUGGAAGGAGCCAUCUGCACCUGCCAGACAGGAACAUUUCUGUUUGUUUGCUUUUGCCCAGGUGGUGCCUCUGGCUGUUUGCUGUAGAACAAGGCCGGUUUCUGGGCCCUUGGGGACUAUACUUCCUACUUCCUCCAGGAGUAGGAAGGUUUCUGGGUGACUUCUGGUUCUAAUAAAUGUGGACCCAGGA